UCCAUGCUGCUCCAUCCAGUUCAUUUAAAACAAAAGAGUUUGAGCGCUGGAUGGGGCUGCUCUCUAUUGGGGGCCACUGAGUGCUACUCCUAGACUGGGGCUCGGUGCGGGCGCCUGAGGGGGGCGUCUGGACGGCGGGGUCUAGAGACUCCGGGUCCGAGGAGGGAGGGGGGGGCCGAGAUCCCGCAGCCCCCGGUCCCCCGUCACCCCCGGAGAGGAGAAGAGAUCUGCUUUCUUGGUUUUGUUUCUCUUUCCCCCCACCCCCACCCCGGGGGCUGGGGCGAGGGGAGUCGGGUUACAGGGUGUUUGGGGAGGGGGGCUUAGGGGGAGGGUCUAUCUUUCUAUCUCGCCGUCUUUCCCCCUCCCCAGUUCUUUGUUCCCCCCUCCCCACGCACCCCCUCCUCUCCUCUCCCCUCCCCUCCUCUCUCCUCUUUUCCCUUCCACCACCUCUCUCUCCCUCGCUCUCUCUCCCCCAGCUUUUGUUUCGCCAUGCCUAGUCUAGUGGUAUCUGGAAUAAUGGAAAGAAAUGGGGGCUUUGGAGAACUAGGAUGUUUCGGGGGAAGCGCUAAGGACCGAGGGCUGCUGGAAGACGAGCGCGCCCUUCAGCUGGCUCUCGAUCAACUCUGCCUCCUGGGUUUGGGGGAGCCCCCCGCCCCCACGGCGGGCGAGGACGGGGGAGGUGGGGGGGGCGGCGCCCCUGCACAGCCGGCCGCUCCCCCGCAGCCGGCCCCGCCGCCGCCGCCCGCGGCGCCCCCGGCCGCCCCGACGGCGGCCCCCGCAGCGCAGACGCCUCAGCCCCCCACCGCCCCCAAAGGGGCCAGCGACGCCAAGCUCUGCGCUCUCUACAAAGAGGCCGAGCUGCGCCUGAAGGGCAGCAGCAACACCACCGAGUGUGUACCCGUGCCCACCUCCGAGCACGUGGCCGAGAUCGUGGGCAGGCAAGGCUGCAAGAUUAAGGCUCUGAGGGCCAAGACCAACACCUACAUCAAGACCCCGGUGCGGGGCGAGGAGCCAGUGUUCAUGGUGACUGGGCGGCGGGAGGACGUGGCCACAGCCCGAAGGGAAAUCAUCUCAGCGGCCGAGCACUUCUCCAUGAUCCGAGCAUCACGCAACAAGUCGGGUGCUGCCUUCGGCGUGGCGCCUGCGCUGCCGGGCCAGGUGACCAUUCGCGUGCGGGUGCCCUACCGCGUGGUGGGGCUGGUGGUGGGCCCCAAGGGGGCCACCAUCAAGCGCAUCCAGCAGCAGACCAACACGUACAUUAUCACGCCGAGCCGAGACCGCGACCCGGUGUUCGAGAUUACGGGUGCCCCAGGCAACGUGGAGCGCGCACGGGAGGAGAUCGAGACGCACAUCGCGGUGCGCACCGGCAAGAUCCUCGAGUACAACAAUGAAAAUGACUUCCUGGCAGGGAGCCCCGACGCUGCGCUGGACAGCCGCUAUUCCGAGGCCUGGCGAGUGCACCCGCCCGCCUGCAAGCCCCUCUCCACCUUCCGGCAGAACAGCCUGGGCUGCAUCGGCGAGUGCGCCGUGGACUCGGGCUUUGAGACCCCACGCCUGGGUGAGCAGGGCGGGGACUUUGGCUACAGCGGGUACCUGUUUCCCGGCUACGGUGUGGGCAAGCAGGAUGUGUACUAUGGGGUGGCGGAGACCAGUCCCCCGCUCUGGGCAGGCCAGGAGAAUGCCACGCCCUCCUCGGUGCUCUUCUCCUCUGCCUCCUCCUCCUCCUCCUCUUCUGCCAAGACGCGCGCUGGUCCCCCAGGAGUGCACCGCUCUCCUGCCACCUCGGAGCUGGCGGGACUCCCGAGACGCCCGCCUGGAGAGCCACUUCAGGGCUUCUCCAAACUUGGGGGGGGAGGCCUGCGGAGUCCCGGGGGCGGGCGGGAUUGCAUGGUGUGCUUUGAGAGCGAGGUGACUGCUGCCCUCGUGCCCUGUGGACACAACCUGUUCUGCAUGGAGUGUGCAGUACGCAUCUGUGAGAGGACGGACCCCGAGUGUCCCGUCUGCCACAUCACAGCCACGCAAGCCAUCAGAAUAUUCUCCUAAGCCCCCUCCCCUGCCCCCGCCUCUGGGGGCCACUUCCCAGGGGCCUGCCCCUGGAGCUGGUUUCCACCAGAGCCUUUUGGAAGUCAGCAAUUCGAGGGGCCAGGUGAUUAGAGAUCCUGGCUGGGGAGCGGGGAGGGGAGGGGAGGUGGCUGGAGGGUGGGCCACUUUGAGACCCUCUGGUCACCCUAUCCUUGCAAGGUUGGGAGGGGGCCAGGUUGGAAAUUUUACUAGAGUUACAACUCUGAUACCUCAACACACCCUUCAAUCUGAAAGCAGCUAAGAGAAACUUUUGUUUUGCCAGCGGUGGCAGCUAAGGCAUCCUGACCCCUUUUGUCCACCUCCCCUGAGUGUGUCAUACUACCCCUUCCUCUAUGGAGGGGAGGGGAGGGGAAGGGAGAGGGAGAAUUACCAUCUGUAUAUAGAGGUGCUCUCUCCCAUCCCCAAGUCCUCUGGUCCUGACCUCUGACCUCCUGGCAUGACCCUUUGGACCCUCCACUGCCAUAUCCUGUUUGGGAAUCUGUUCCUAGGUUUCCGAGAUGGGAGGGGGUUGGGGCCCUUUCAGAAGCCUGCCUGGACUGUAGGGGGUGGGGAAACAUGCCAAUCAAUUAAGGGCUCAGACCUGUCUGUCUCCACAAAGUUGGGCUAGAAGAAUCUGGAUGAGGCUCCCGCUGCCCCCUCCAGCUGUUCCCUCCUCUCUCCUCCCAUUCUUCCUCCCCUUGGGUUCUCCUUUCUCCUUUGCUCUCCCCCCAGCUCCUCUCUUUACUCCCACCCCGUCUUUCUGUUUCUUCCCUUCUCCCCCCUCCCUUCUGCCCCUUCUAGCGCAGCUUUGGGGAUACCAUCCGCUUGGGGGAAGGACAUUUUGGUGCCCCCCCCCUAAUUUCUCUUUUGGCAUCUAGAGGCCCUCUUUCCCCACUCCUCCAAAGACGCACCUCAAAUUCGUGAUGGAAUGUAUCCCCAUUCUCGGUGAAAAUUUGAGGAGGGGACUAAUACUGGGGUACAUAAAGGGCCAACCCUCCACCUUUACCCUCUUUGGGCAUUACAUUUAGGGGGCAGUUCUUGGACUGGAUUUCAUGGCAGUGGUAGGAGGAGAGCCAGGGAGUGGGUCUGUUGUUUCAAGGAGCAAUACCCCACUCCCUGCGCCCCUCUCGACCUCACACCAACCCUUAUCAGCGAGCAGAUCAUGAAGUGUCUGUCCUACCCACUGUGGUUGAGAAGGAGAGGUCAGGUCUUCGGAGAGGGGUCAGUUCCAGGGCUAAGCAGGAUUGGGGUGCGGCUGUUCUGAAUCAUGUUACAGGCCUUACACCCCCUUCGCUGCUUCCCUACUGCUCCCUUGGGGCUGCCACCAGCCUCUCACCCUCCUAGUUCCGCUGGCGGGCCAGGAGAGGAUGGGGGAUUGGAGUCCCUGGGGGGGGGGUCCCAGGAAAUUCUUGUAUAUAGUGAGGUGGGACUAUUGUAAGUGAUCUCUGAGCACGUAAGCUCUGGAGUCCCAUUCCUGGACGGAGAGAGGGUGCAGGAAUGGGGGUACAGAGGGGAUUUCCUCCCCUCCUUCCUCCUGUUGUGAAUUAACUCUCCACAGCCUUCCCUUCCACCACCAGCCAGGGAGGGGAGAGGAAGGAGGUCACAGCCAGGAACACUGGCCUGUGACAACUUCCCUCCUUCCAGCCAAUGUGAGCCAUCCUGAGAUGUCUGUACAAUAGAAACCAAACCAAAUGGGUUGCCCAGGGGAGGUGGGGGGCUGGGGCAGAGAAGGGAUGUCUGUCUGUGGACUCCCCUCCCCCUCUCCACUCCUUACCCACAAAGGCAGAAGACUGUUACAUUAGGGGGCUCGGAAGAUUCAAUCCCACCCUUACUAAUUGAGCCAAACCUAGAAACAAACGCAGAACACACAUAGUGAGAGACAAAAUAGAGGUGAGAAAGAGAGCGUGAGAGGGAGCGAGAUAGGCGACCAACAGAGAAAACAAAAAUAGCAAAAAAAAAAAAAAGCAGUUCUUUAUAAUUUAAUAUUCUAUUUUAAUAAAGGCGUUUAUUACCGUAUAAAUGUAGCAAAGAACCUGGGCUAAUAUGAAAAAAAAAAAGACUUUUUAUUAGGUAAUUUAUUAUAUGAAAAGGAUAUUUUAUUUUAUGAUAAAGUGAUCCUUAAAAAAUAAAAAAAACUUUAGAAGGUUUAGAAUAUAUGUAGGGAGAGAAGAAAAAAUACAUUUGUAUUCAGAGUUAAAUCUUAAAAAAAAGUGUUUUUAAUAUAUGUUCAGGUUUACGUUCCUUUUUCCCCCACUUUUCUUUUGGGGAGGAAUGUCACUUGCUUUGGGGGAGGAGGAGCAUCCUGGGAUGGAUGGCGGCUAAGGGAACCUGGUCCCGCUGGGGCCCUGCAAGUGGAUUGGAUUUCAUUCCAUGGGCUCCCUUCUCCUCUCCCCCUCCCCCUCCGGGGAGCUGGCAGAGCCAAACAAAGAAAGGAAUUAACAAGAAAGGAAGGGGCUGGAGGAUUGAGGAUCCUGGGUGCUCCCCUGCCCCUGCCCCUGUCUCAGGGGCAAGUGAGGAGGGGAAGUCCAGAAUAGAGGCCUAGCAGGGCCCCGGGACCCUCAGAGAGGUGUGAGAUUUAAGAGAAAUAGUUUUUGUUUUUAACCAAAAAUGAGAGAGAAGAAACUGAGGGGUUUAAAAGAAAAUACUACAAAAUAAUAAUUAUUAAUAAUAAUUCAAAUUUAUUUCAUAUAAUCCUAGAGAGAAAGAGAAUUACUAGUUACUUAGUAGACUAUUCAGAUAGCUUAAAAGUUUAGUAGCAUUGCGGGCCCCUGGGUCCAGUAGAAUGUAUAAAAGUCGUAACAAAAGGAAAAUAGAGGAGGGAAGUGGCUGAGUCACCCAUCUUCAGAUAACAGGGUGGAAGCAAAUGGCUAGUGAAGGUUGGGAGCUUCUAGUCUGCUGGGGUUGAUUCUGAGAAUCCUUGGAUUUUUAACUUGUAGGACAACUGGGUGAGGGGCUCAGUUCCCCCGGCCUUGAAACGGAUGGACACUGAUCAUUUCAACCAGGUGGGGGCAGCAGAGGCGGGUGAGCCUGCACCCUCGCUCUGCAUCCCAGCACUUGGGGGCCUACCAUCCGGGCCCCUCCUUUGUCUCUGUGGGGCAGCCCUUACUCCAAAGUGAUUAUGUCCAUCCCUGGGGCUCUCAGUGAGGUCCCUACGCCUAACUGAGGAAGUCCUUGACGUGUAACCGCCAGUGGUACAGACUGAUUCAAGAGCCUGGUAGGUCAUUGCACACACAUGCGUACACACACGUCUCAGCUGCGGGAGACAGGGUCCCUGCCCCAUCCCUGCCCCUCCCCCAUCUUCCACUUGGCUUUUGGCCGCAGAGGAGUCGGUCUCACCCGUUCUCCUUUAAAGCUGCACUGUGCUUUACAGGUUUGCAACAUGCUUUACUGUCUCCUAGAAGUUCAUUUCCAAGGACUCUCCACCCACUGGGAAAAGGGGCUCCCAAGCGCACAGAGGCAGGGGGUGGGAAGCAGAGACCCUGGGUGACCCUAGUCCUCUGCUCCAUCCACCUCCAGCUGUCAGAGUUCAGGUAGGGAUCAUCCGUCGUGCUCUGGCCAUUGUGAGGGCACAUUGCUCCCCACUGAAAAUUGGGGAGCUUGGCUGUUGCAGGCGAGAAAUCAAUUUUUUAAGCACUUGCCUUCUACCCACCCCCGCUUGCAGUCAGGUCAGGCCCCUUCCUCCAGGCUCUCCAGGGGGGGGCGGUGGAGGUUCCUUGGCUCUUUUGGCAAGAAGAGCCUGCUCCAUGACACCAAUGACUCUGUCAGGCCCCUCCUGGCCCUAAACCCCAAACACAUCUCCCUCUUCCCAAUUUAUUCUUCGCGCCCCCACCUAGGGACAGAUUACCCCCUGCUCUUUUUGUCCUAGAAACCCCCAUAGUCUGGGAAGGUAGUGUCUGGGGUGGGGAAGGCUUCCCUUUCUCCACUCAAGGGUGCGGGUAGGGUAGGGUGGGUAGGUGGAGACAGCCCUGGGGCAGGGGGGAUGGUCUCUCCACUGUAGAAAGUAGAGUAGGAUUGUGGUCAGACUUAAUUUGAGGCAUCUAGUGAGGACGCAUACAAAUCCACCAAGGAAAAUAGUUCAAAAGCAAAAUAAAAGGCGGGAAACGAAACGGACCCAUGAAUAAUUGAGUCAAAGUGAUGUUGCACAAAAUGCAGAGAAACCAAGAAGGGGGAGGGUUAAUGUAUUAAAUGUGCUAUUAAGAAGUUAAUUUUAUUAAAAGUAUUAUUACUUAA